CUGAAAAGUGAAAUAAACAACCACUAACAACAAAAAUAACUGCAGUAAUAACUUUCAUCUGAACACUCUUCACAACAAAAUAUAGUCGUUUCCUUUUAUGUCUAAUGACAUUUCGCAAAUAACUGCUGAUCAAUACUUCGGGUUUUAAUUGUUAGAAUACUAUGUGAUGACGAAAUAUUAAGGGAAGAUCUCCUGAUAUAUCUCCUGAUAUUGAUGAUAAUAAUAACAUUGUCUAGCAGACUACCCAAUGAGCAACGAGUUUAGUUAGAAACGUUUAUUCAUGACUUGGCUUGAUGUCCGUUUUGACACACCUUCUGGAGUUGCUAACAUACGCGCUUGCUUAAUAUUCGUGUCUAAAUUUGGAUUACCAACCACCAGAGUAAGGUAAUCUUUUUUGCAUACUUGCACCUCUGAACAGCUAUUUUGCAACAUGAGUGACCGUUGAGGAAUAUUUUAACUGAAAACAGAUAUUGGAAUGAAGAAAAAAUGUCUAGUAUCCGAAGUGUUCCAAAUUGUAUUGUUCUGAAACAAAAACAGUUUAUUUUCUACAUGCCAAAAAGUUGGCCUGCAUCUACUAUUCGUAUAGAGCCUGAUCAAAAAUGUACUACAAUUCAUUUUAGAACAGUCACAAAGGAUGUGACCUCAAAAAAGAAACGUGACUUUUUAUAUUCUGUUAAAGAUCAACUGAAAAAUUUAGUAAAAAGGACAAAUAAUUUUGGUAAUGUUGCUACUCUGCGCGAAACUGACAUUAAUCAGAUGAUCAAAAAUUAUUAUAAAUUUGUUGAAGCUUACUUGGAAAACUUGAAACAUGCUAAGGAUACUAAGCACCCACCUUCCAAAAAUUCAUAUACAAGCAUUCAAAAAACUAAAGAUUUGUCUACUUUUGAAGAGAUGAUGAAGGAGACUCAUGAAAGUGUAGCUUCUUUUUAUGAAUCCAAGAAAAAUGUUCGUAGUCAAGUUUCUGCAAAAUCUAUCAGCACAGCUUCAGAGGAUUUAAACAAAAAUGAACCAAACCUCAAUAAAUUGGUAUCCUGGGUGACUGUGAAGAAAGAUUUAGAUGAAGAGAAAACAGAUGUGAAAAAAAAGCCUGUGAUACGGAAAGAUUUUAUUUCACGGACAGCUGUUGAAAAUAGGUCUCGUGCUUUAGUCAACAAUCUGAAAUUAGCUCAGUCAAUUUCAUCUAAAAUAACUCGGAUAGAUGAUUUAAACAAACACCUCAUGAUAUACCCUGCGUCUCGGUCUAUUGCAAAAAAGGCUGGUGCUGUGCAAGUAUUAUUACGGUUGUCACAGUCUGAGGUACCAAGUGUUAGGUCACGUGCUUAUGAAGCUCUGAGUCUUGUAGGCUAUGUUUCUCCUCCUAAAGGAAGAGGCAUCAGAAUAUUGUCAAUAGACGGUGGUGGAACGAGAGGUGUAAUUGCCCUUGAAACAUUAUGUAAGUUACAAGAAGCUUGUAAAACAGAUCUGUGGAAACUAUUCGACUAUGUUUGUGGUGUUAGUACCGGGGCUCUAAUGCUUGGGUUGAUAAUUCUUUAUCGGAUUCCACCUGAUGAAUGCUGUAAGUUGUACAAAAAACUUAGUCAAAGUAUGUUUACACGGAACAAAUUUGUUGGAACUGGACACCUCAUGUGGAGCCAUGCUUUCUAUGAUACAAAAGUCUGGGAAGAUAUCCUAAGGAAUCAUGCCGGUGAUACUGUUAUGUCAAAGUUUUCUCAAAAACCUGAUUGUCCAAAAAUGUCUGCUUUAUCAUGUGUUGUUAAUAUGGCAAAAAUGAAGAACUAUGUAUUUCGAACUUAUAACCUACCAUCGGGAGUGUACUCUCAGUACCCUGGAAGUUGUAAAUAUCAAUUAUGGGAAGCUAUUCGAGCAUCAUCUGCUGCUCCUGGUUACUAUACAGAAUUUCAGUUGGAUGAUUUAAUUCAUCAAGAUGGAGGCUUAUUGACCAAUAACCCAACUGCUUUAGCUAUUCAUGAAUGUCGAUUAUUGUGGCCAGAUACUCCCCUUCAAUGUGUAGUCUCUGUUGGCAAUGGAAGAUAUGAACCAAAUUUAGAAAUGAACACCAAUAAAAGUAGCCUCAAAGAGAAAGUUGUUAAAAUAUUAGACAGUGCAACUGAUACAGAAGCUGUUAAUACAACUUUGACCGAUUUACUACACCCAAGCAGCUACUUCCGAUUCAAUCCAUAUCUUUCUGAACCCUGUACAUUAGAUGAAAUCAGAAUGCAAAAACUCGAGCAAAUGCAGCAUGAUACUCGAAUGUACCUACGCAAAAAUGAAUACAAAGUGCAACGAUGUGCAGAAAAAUUACUAGAACAAAGACAUCUCUACCAAAAAGGAUUUGAUUGGUUACAAUUAAAGAAAGAUAUGCUAAAUAAAUAAUUUAAAUCAUUCAUAAAUAAGUAAAUUAUGUUCCCAGGCAGUUCACUUUGAGGUCAUUCAUUGUAAAUUUUAAUUACAUCAGAUUCCUUACUAUUUAUUUGCUUCUAGCCUUCUCUUAAAUCAACAAUCUACCUUUCUUCAGGAAUAAGUUUACAAGAGACUUGCCUGUCCAGUUGCUUGGAGACAGUUCAUGUUCAUAAAUGACUAAACGAAUUUGAUAUAUAUAUAUAUAUAUAUACACACAUACACUUACACACACAUUGUAUGUGUAUAUUAUACAUAUAUAGAUGUAUGUAUGCUGAAACCCCCUUCCGUCAUGAUUGACCAUGGGAUUGCACCUAGAAAGUUACUCUCUCAGGCACAAGUCCAGGCAAGGUUGUUUAUGGAAGACCAGCAGUCACCCAUGCAUACCAGCCUCCCCUCUCCAUGCCACCAGUGUUAUCCAAGGGAAAGGCAAAGGCCGAUACAGUUUGACACCUGUGACAUCGCAACUCAUUUCUACAGCUGAGUGAACUGGAUCAAUGUGAAAUAAAGUGUCUUGCUCAAGAACACAACACACAGCCCAGUCUGGGAUUCAAACUUACAACCUCACGAUCGUAAGCUCGACGCUCUAACCACUGAGCCAUGCGCCUUCACAUGUAUGUAUGAUAUCAUACAUAUAUAUGUAUGCAUGAUAUAUAUAUAUAUAUAUAUACACACACACACACACAUAUAUAUAUGCAUAUAUAAUAUAUAUGCAUAUAUAUACAUUAUGUACUUAUAUAAUAUAUAUACAAAUGCAUAUAUACAUUAUGUACAUAUAUAAUAUAUAUAUAUAUGCAUAUAUACAUUAUCUACAUAUAUAAUAUAUACGUAUAUAAUAUAUAUAUAUAUAUAUAUAUAUAUAUAUAUAUAUAUAUAUAUAUCAUCAUCAUCAUCGUACACACACACAUGCAAAUAUACACACAAAUAAUCCUGUGCAAUUUGAUGGCUGUUGAUUUGUAUGCUUUGAAAUAAAUGAGAAAGGUUCUCUAUCAACCUCUUUUUCUCUGUC